CCCUCGGCCGAACGCUGGCGGACGUGUCCCGCGGACUUCAGCACGUUACAGUUGCAUUCAUGGCUGACGCCAGGGACUUCUUCAGAGCGUGGCCUUCAAGCCCUGACUAGAGCUACUGGACCUGGUACACACUCGAGUCGCUGUCGCUGACGUCGCAGCUGCUGGCCCCGAACGCGGAUCCUGCCGAGCGAGAGAACUUGUUGCUUAGCGCGAGCGUCCCGAUUGGGAAUAUGCGCAAACUGAAGACGCUGGAGAUUUGGAAUGGGAGACCGCAGGUAGCCGGUCUUUUUCGAUACCAGCGGGCAAGGGCAAGCCCAAAAUAUCACGCCACUAUCACCUGGAAGGCGACCUGGGCAGGGGAGAGUGACUUGAGCGACAGGGUUAUCAUGGCCUGGAGGGCUGCUGCAGCUCGGCAGAGCGGACUGAACGCCGAUGAGCUGAGGUUCACGGUAGAACGGCAGCUGCUGGAGGGGCAUGCCGUUUUAUCGCACGCGCACGCAAUUCGCCAGCUGGGACUUCAUAUUCAGGUUUUGGACCCGGGAUCAGAGGAGCAGAUAGCGUUGGAGGCAACCUCGGCAGCAGCUGAGGAUAGUUGACAGGGGGGCUACUGAGGGAUAUUGUCUGCGAUCCGAAGCACUGCAGAAGCACCAGCGAUGGAGAAGUAGAGAGAGCGAAUAGAGAUAAUGGUAUCAAAACUACGUACGAACGCC